UCAACUGUUGUUGUCAUUCGUCGCGCAUUCACGACAUUCACUUUAUCGUUUCAGAGCAUCGAUGGUCCUACCAGUGACACGCCAAGAGUACCCAUGUUAAACCUGUCACCUGUGUCUUCUUCGAUGCAGGCUGACGAUAAAAGCGCAUAGGAUAUGCAGGUUUCGUCCACAUCCUUUCGGCAUGCUGAUGAGCAGUGCAAUCAUCAAGUCGGGCGAUGAAUUGGAUAACGUCCUCGAUGAUCCGACUCAUUCGUAGCCCAUCUCAGAAUCUCAGACCAUGCAGCUUAGGCUGAUGGUUUCAAAACCGGCGUGUUUCAUAUCUCACUUCGUUAUGAUGCUACUGAUGCCAUCUUUUGGCAGCCGCUUUAAAGUUUAUACUAGGGCAGAGGACAUCGUUGACCACACACGAACCGUCAAAAUUUGCGGUUGUUUUCUGCCAUUUGAUUGUAGCGAGGACCCCCUACCAGUUCUGCCCGGUUGGAACGCUCUUCAGUGGUGUAUUAAAAGUCUCCUCCAUUUUGAAGUGUUCCAUUCCGCAGCAUUGAAAUCCAAAAGUAGACACCUUGGCGCGCUUUUUGUUCUUGCCACAUGUAUGGUUCAUUUCACUGUUAUCUUGAGCGGUUCAAUCGGUUGAGAAUUGUAACGUAUUGAUCGGGAUAACGAUAACUUCGAGAAGGAACGUCAUCAUAUAUUGGACAGACGGGAUAUUGGCAGGGCCGUGCCGCCGUGUUGAAGUG